GAUUUAAAAAAACCUGUUUUAAUUGUCGGACUAGAUUCAUUAGACAGCGUCUCUUGUCGGCGUACAUCGCCAUUCGCCUGCCGAUAGCGCCGUUUUAAAGAUUUCUUGAAACUAAGCGUGUGGUGUAAAAUGUCUGCUUUCUGUUUAAAAUUCAGUGCUGGUGUACAUACAUAUAUUUCGUUCGUCUUAAUAAUACUGCAUGGGUUGCCAGAGGCGCAAGGAGUGUGGCCGUUGCCACAGAAAAUAACCCAGUCUUCUGAAACAUACCCAUUAUAUGCACUGAGUUUUACUUUUCGCUAUGCAAAUGAUUCGGUAGCGCAGCCGGGAUGUUCUGUUGUGGAUGAGGCUUUCAGGCGAUACUUCACACUCAUCUUCCCUGACUACAGCGUUCGCAAUGCUAAAGGGGAACCAUUUGCUUUGGUGGUGAGUGUGCAAUCUGGAGAUUGUGAUAGCUAUCCGGAUGAGAAUUCCAAAGAGGACUACAACCUGCUCGUGGAUGCAGGCCAGGCACUUCUGAAGGCAGACACUGUGUGGGGAGCUCUGAGAGGAUUGGAGUCAUUCAGUCAGCUGGUGGAGCAAGAUGAUUAUGAUGCUUAUUAUGUCAACAAAACGGAGAUUGUGGACUCUCCCCGGUUCCCGUUCAGGGGCAUACUUCUGGAUACUUCACGGCACUUUUUACCGGUGCCUGCCAUCUUGGAAACCCUGGAUGCCAUGGCCUACAACAAGUUCAACGUGUUUCACUGGCACAUCGUGGACGACCCCUCCUUCCCCUACCAGAGCUACAGCUUCCCUGACCUCAGUGACAAGGGAGCCUACCACCCCUUCACUCACGUGUACACACAGAUGGACGUCCAGAAGGUGAUCUCGUACGCCAGGCUGCUGGGUAUCAGGGUCAUGCCUGAGUUCGACUCCCCGGGCCACACUCAGUCCUGGGGCCGAGGGCAACCUGGCCUCCUGACUCCCUGCUACAAAGGGGAAGUUCCUUCUGGGACAUUUGGCCCUGUGAACCCCACUGUGUCCUCCACCUAUGUGUUCAUGGACCGCCUGCUCAAAGAAGUCAAUGCUGUCUUUCCUGAUUCCUACAUCCACCUGGGAGGGGACGAAGUCAGCUUUACCUGCUGGAAAUCCAACCCUCAAGUCAGGGAAUUCAUGAAGAAGAUGGGAUUUGGGUCUGACUUCACUAAACUGGAGGCAUUUUACAUUGAGAACAUCGCCAACAUGACAACUGCACUAAACAAGACAUCGGUUCUCUGGCAAGACGUGUUUGACUACCAUGAAAAAAUCCCAAAAAGCACAGUGCUGCUGGUGUGGAAGGGACUCCCCCCGAAAUACUACAGUGAGAUGAGCCGGAUGACCAAAGCGGGGUUCAGGGUGCUGCUCACGGCCCCCUGGUACCUCAAUCACAUCAGCUACGGACAAGACUGGCGCGCGGCUUACACUGUGAAGCCUCUCAACUUCAGCGGGACUGAAGAACAGAAGAAACUGAUUAUUGGAGGAGAGGUCUGCAUGUGGGGGGAGUACGUCGAUGCGACCAACCUCAUGGCACGACUGUGGCCCAGGUCAAGUGCGGCAGCAGAGAGACUGUGGAGUGAUGAGGACCAGACCUCCAGCUUGACCACGGCUUAUGAUCGCCUUACCGAAUUCCGCUGCAGGCUUGUGAGACGUGGGAUACGAGCAGAGCCUCUGUACGUUGGCUACUGCAAGCACGAGUACAAGGGCCUGUGAUUCCAACCUGGGAAGAGCCAUAAGGACACAGGACAAACUGACCGAAUCAAUAAUCCUUAGCCUGUUUAUGUAGACAUGCUGAUUGUUUUGUCUGUUUUUUUCCCCAAAUGUGUAAUAAUUUGCAGAAAAGUAUAAUAAUGUGCAAGGGGCAGGGUGGAUCCUUGUCUGUCUAGACAGGCGAUGAGCCCGCUGAAUGUAAUAGAAUAUAAUAGCUAUGUUUCAUCAAAGCUGAUUCUGCAAGUAAACUGUGGUUGGGGUGUGGGGCUUUAUUCUCUUCGCAAGGCAAUUUGAGAUCCUUGAAUGAAAGGAACUGUACAACUGUAACAUGCAACUUCAUUCUCUACAUUGCUGACCUUUUAUGGAAAAUUUUAAUGGGAUGGGGGAGGGGGGGGGGUUGUCAUACUGAAAAUGUGAUGCAAUGCCCGCCUCGUGGCUUGUCUCCCUCCGCUGCUAGCCAAAAGUCUUUGUUUCAUCCACCAAAUUAAUUGUAACUAUGUCAAACUAAAAGCCACAUGAUCUGCAUUCACAUGAAUUAGGCAUUAUCGUGCCAGAGUCUGGAGCAGGUGUUUCUUUGUUGGUUCAAAACUUUUUGGCCCCCACUUUUUGUUUUCUGAUUGCUUUUCAACAGCGUCCAGCAGAAACUUUAGCGGCUCCAACCGUAACGAUGUGAGUCACAGAUCCACGGGACGGUACAGACAGUUUAGAACAGAUGUCCGUGGCGUGAUCUUUAUUUACAGGGUUAUUAGCUGUAAAUAUCUUGUGGAAAUUUGGACUAAUGCAAGCAUUUGCCAGGCAAGCAAAACCCAUUAGAACGGAGGGAUUAUGUGGUAAUUACUGCACAUACAAACUCGACAAAGCUUAUUAAGAAAACAAAAACAUGCACAAAAAACACAAAGCCCUGCUGUUGAUUGGCUUUGUGUGUUCUUUCUUGUUGUGCACAAUAAUCUCAGUAGUCUGAUCUGCUUGAUGCACGUGCCGUUUUGAGGCGGGCAUGUAGACCUCUAGUUCCCCUCCCUCUUCCUGUAGCUGCUCCUGCAUGUCACGCACUGAUAGGAGUUAGGCUGAGGCAGUUUACAGAGGUACCAGUGAAGGUUUUUAUUGAGCAAGGGCAAUACUUGUCACAAAAGAUGUUAGCUGUGGUCUGUAGUAAGGGCAUUUUAAAUGGCAGAACCCUGGUGCUUCUGUGGGAAAUUAAGAAAUUGGAAUUCUUAUGAAGGUGAAACCUUAUGAAAGGGAUUAUAUGCACUGUUAACUGUGGUGGUCAGGAAAGUUGUAUGUGAAAUUUUAAUUUGACAGUUUCUUUUAUUAUUUUGUUUAAAUCAAACAUCUAAUCGCUUGAUGUUUUUGCUGUGCCUUUGAAAAACUCUUAAAUUGUGUGCUCGCAUGAAAAUGUGUGACAUAGUAACACAUCUGCUUGGUAUACAACCUAAAAGUAGUAAUAAGAGUAAUAAGAGCAACAUAACCAAAUUAUAUUUUCAGACAAUCGAAGGCUAGGUAGUUUGAGUACUGUGCCACUUGGGGAGAUAAAUGAAGAUUCGCUUUUCUUCUCAGUCAGUGAUUUUAUUGAAGGACAAGAAGCGGAACUACAAUGUUUUGUAUUUUUGUAUUGGGUUUGAGAAAAUCAUUUUAAAUCUGCCUUGGCUCAUUGACUCUAAAGUGUAAUUUAUUGUCAAAUUAAAUUUGCUCAUUGACUGUAAUUUGUAACUCACCACAAUAAAACUGGAUUUUACUCAAA